UUACAUCUACAGCCGUUCGCUCCAAGCCAUUAUAUAAGCAGCCUCCCAUUCAGAGGCGCGGGGCAUUCAGUGCCCAUCAUUAUCAUGGCAUCUUAUGGGCUGCUGGACCUGCUUUCACUGAAUAUACCCCAGCUCUGCCGGUGGGCUGGCUGCUUCUGCCUCCUCUUACUCCUUUCCCAAGCGUACAAGCUUUACUUGAAGCGAAAAGAACUGAUCAACCAACUCCGGCAAUUUCCAGGUCCUAAGACGCACUGGCUCUACGGGAAUGCCCACGAGUUCCGCCAGGAUGGGAAGGAUUUGGACCUUGUGGCUGGCUAUGCUGAAAAGUACACUUACGCUUACCCAAUGUGGCUAGGAAACUUUUUUGCUUCACUUAUUAUCUGCCACCCAGAUUACGCGAAGACCAUUUUAUCCAGACAAGAUCCAAAGGAUGAUUUUGCGUAUUACUUCAUUACCCCAUGGAUUGGGAAAGGGCUGUUGGUCCUGUCCGGACAGAAGUGGUUCCAGCACCGGCGGCUGCUGACCCCCGGGUUUCACUACGAUGUGCUGAAGCCGUAUGUCAGGCUCAUGUCAGACUGCACCAAAGUCAUGCUGGAUAAAUGGGACAGAUUGGUGUCAGAUCAGAAGCCAGUAGAGCUUUUCCACCAUGUCAGCCUGAUGACUCUGGACACCAUCAUGAAAUGUGCCUUCAGUUAUCAGAGCAACUGCCAGCAUAACAGUGAAAAUGCUUAUAUCAAGGCAGUUUACGAGUUAUCUUACCUGGUGGAUCACAGAUUCCGCUGUUUCCCGUAUCACAACGACCUUAUCUUCUACUUCAGCCCCCAUGGGUUCCGUUUCCGACGGGCAUUGAAAGUAGCUCAUCAGCACACAGAUGAAGUAAUAAAGAGAAGAAAAGAAUCUCUGAAGCACGAUAAAGAGCUGGAGAAAAUCAAACAGAAAAGGCAUCUGGAUUUUCUUGAUAUCCUUUUGUGUGCGCGGGAUGAACAUGGUCAGGGUCUGUCUGAUGAGGACCUGCGCGCAGAGGUGGACACCUUCAUGUUUGAGGGACACGAUACUACGGCCAGCGGGAUCUCUUGGAUCUUAUAUUGUAUGGCAAAGUACCCAGAACACCAGAAGAAAUGCAGAGAGGAGAUCCAUGAGGUCAUGGGAGACAGAGACACUGUGGAAUGGGAGGAUCUGGGGAAACUGACCUACACAACCUAUUGCAUUAAGGAGAGCCUACGUCUAUAUCCGCCGGUUCCUGGAGUAGCUCGCAAACUCAGCCAGCCAAUCACAUUCUGCGAUGGGAGGAGUUUACCAAAAGGUGCUAUUGUACUCCUGAGUAUUUAUUGCAUGAAUAGAUCUUCUAGCAUAUGGAAAAACCCAGAGGUGUUUGAUCCCCUGAGGUUUUCCCCCGAAAAUUCAUCCGAAAGACACUCGCAUGCCUUCCUGCCCUUCUCGGCAGGAUCAAGGAACUGCAUCGGCCAGAACUUUGCAAUGAACGAGAUGAAAGUGGCAGCGGCCUUGACCUUAAAAAGAUUUCAAUUGACUCCCGACCCUGCCAAUGAGCCGCUGAAAGUGCCCCAGUUGGUGUUACGUUCGGUGAAUGGCGUUCACCUCUACCUGAAGAAGGUGGAAUGAGAAGGAAACGGGUUCUAAAAUGAUGUGUUCAUUUAAAAAUGUUUUUACAUUUUUUUAAGAAAAUCUGUCUUCCAUUUUGAAUGUCUCUAUGAUGUCAUUUUUUACGUGGCUGGAGCUGCAUAUGGAUAAAUAAAAUAUAUAUAUUGUUGAA